GUUUAAAAUUUUUCUUUUUUUUCAAAACAAACCCAUUUUGUAUUGCUUAACCACCCCUUGAUGGCAAUGAUGAUGACUAUUAUUAUUAUUAUUAAUAUCCCUUUAAUACAAACUUUAGGUACAUUAAUAAAAAAAAGCCGUAUGUCUGAAUACCAAAUUGCUCCUUGUUUCCUACGCAAGUGCAUUAGGUAGGGGUUGAAACAGUCAGGGUUUAUGCCCUACAUAGUGCACUAGAGGUGUAUUUGAGAUUUGGGCUGCGAUGGUAAAGAGGGAGGGCUUUGGCUUCAAUCUGAAAUGGGGUGUUGAGUUGGGUUCUUUUAUCUCACACUUUAGUGCACGUACACAGGGAGCUGGGAGAGGUUUGGGAUUGGACCUGCACUCGGAAAUGGCUGGAGACAGUGAACGCCGACUUCAGGACCAGGAGGAAAACGGCAAUGCUAUCAGACAGCCAUUUAUUAUUGGGGUUUCUGGAGGCACAGCCAGUGGAAAGUCGUCGGUAUGCGCCAAGAUCAUGGAGAUGCUGGGGCAGAAUAAGAUCGAUCAUCGGCAGCGUCAGGUCGCCACCCUGAGCCAGGACAGUUUCUACAAGGCGCUCACUCCUGAACAGAAAGCCAAGGCAGUCAAAGGACAGUUCAACUUCGAUCAUCCGGACGCUUUUGACAACGAGCUGAUCUUAAAGACGCUUCAUGACAUCAUUCAGGGGAAGACGGUUCACAUCCCGGUUUACGACUUUGUCACGCAUUCCAGGAAGGACGAGUUUGUGACGCUAUACCCGGCCGACGUGGUUCUGUUCGAGGGCAUCCUCAUGUUCUACUCGCAGGAGAUCCGCGACCUGUUCCAGAUGAAGCUGUUCGUGGACACGGAUCCAGACACGCGGCUCUCGCGCAGAGUACUGCGAGACAUCAACGAGAGAGGACGCGAGCUGGAGCAGGUCCUGUCCCAGUACAUCACUUUUGUAAAGCCGGCUUUCGAGGAAUUCUGUCUUCCAACAAAGAAGUAUGCGGACGUCAUCAUCCCACGUGGAGCCGACAACUUCGUUGCGAUAAACCUGAUCGUGCAGCACAUUCAGGACAUCCUCAAUGGCGGCUUCAGCAAACGGCAGAACGGCCACGUGAACGGUCACGUGACUCCCCGACAGAGGCGUUCGUCCGAGUCCAGCAGACCGCACUGACCUCACGACGUCCCUCCUCCUGCGCAGGACAGGGUCGAAAUUGUGGAAUGACAUUCAGCGCCCUUUCGUUGCACGGAAAGGCAGAGCCGCUUCAGCUGGCUGAUACGAGAUUUUUUUUUUUUUUUUUUUUGCUUUCACCUUUUCAUAUAUUUGCGGUUUGGAGUGCUUUCUGUUCAUCAUCGUCAUCAUCAUCAUGGUUCUUGUCUGUAGAAAUUAAACGGUGCUUAUGUCCUGGCUCAGACUUAAACAAAAAACACUCCAGGUGUCGGAAUGCUAUGGUUGAAGAGCCAGGUGUGUGUGGGUGUGUGUGAGAGAGUGAGAGAGAGAGUGAGAGAGAGAGUGAGAGAGAGUGAGGGAGUGAGGCCUUUCAAAACUUGAAGUCAGAACUCAGGAAGAGGUUUAUCCUAAAUGCCAAAAGUGUUUACGUACAUCCCCACCCUUUAUAAGGCGUGUAUGUGGGGUUAAGUUUUCUGACUCUAGUGUAGGUAUUUGGUUUACUGAUGGAUUUAUACUGAACUUUUUGUGAAGACCUUCUAUAUCGGAGAAUUACAAGAUGGAGUGUUUAUAAAACAUGGCUGCUC